AUGCCACGUAGGGAGGCCUGGAACAGAUCCCUAGGCAGUUCGCCCACUUCUGAGCGGUUAACGUUCAGGCCCGUUGCUUACGUUCCCCCCCCCCCCCCGGGAGAUCCGCUAUCAACGAGACGUAAGCUGACGUGGGUCGGUUGCGUCUGCGACGGCGCUGCGGGGGCCCGCCGCGAAACGCCUGGCCCGAACUUGGACAUGCUCUUGAAAGCGGGGGCCUAUGAAACCCACUCACUCUCAUUAAUCUAUAGUCUUCUUUCCAUCAGGCGGUCCGGGUUGUCUCGGGGUGCCGGUCCGGCCCAUUAAUCAGUCGGACCGGCGCUGAGAGGUCGGAGUACGCGUGGCAUGGCAGCUGGUCUGAUCCUGUCCAAAUAGAUUUUUUUUCUUUUGGUCGUACCGUCGACCCGGUGGGCUUCCACAGUACCACCGGAACAAAGGCUAUUGGGCUUGUAUGUUUGGGCCGGAGGUAGAACAAUAGCCGUAUGUAACUAAUGGGCCCGGAACGGGGUAAUGGGCCAUUGGUGAGUGGAUGGCGGCGGGUCAUCGGUUUAAAUACGCAGGGAGGUCUUCCACUGUGAGGCGGUUUGUUAUGAUGUUUUCGAUGGGUUACUAGGGUUUUUGCAGGAGAGCGAGGCUACCGCGAUUUCGCCUCGCCGGAGAUCAAUAAAUCUCCCCCUCACACUAGUCGUUAGCUCAGUUUCCCGCCUCUGCUGGUCGACGCCCGGGAGGGAUUGCCGUCAUCUGCUUCGAGCCUGACAAGGUUUUUCUUCUGUUUCACUUGUCUUGUUCAUUUUUUCCAAUGCCUAACUCCUGUUGGAUUUAGGGAACUUGGGAUAAUUUAGGUUUUCAGCGUUUCCUCUAGCUAACGCCCUUUCUCUGAGGGAAGGAAUUUCAGUGGUAAUUCCGUUGAGGCUUUCAUAUCGCUUUGUAUGUUCCUGGGGUUGUCUUGAACGGAGAAGGAUCUACCACACAGCUUGUCCGCAGUCGCCGCUGCUGUUUACAGCCAUCGCCACUGCCUUGUGUUUUUUUAAUCGUCUGGGUUCCUGCGUGGAUUAUUUCCUGCGGGGAGUGAACUCGCGAGACUGAACUUGUUUGGGAUUUUGUUUCCCUCUUUAAGUACGCGUUGUUGAGUUUUUGCUUUCUUUCUUGUGUUGCCUUCUAAGAUCGCGGGUUGCACCGGGAAAGACCCUUCAACACGAGACCUCACCCAAGUGACCUUCAACUCACUGAUUCCUGUUGAUCAUCUGAAACCAUGGCGCAUCUAGGGGGUGGUGCUGAGGCUCAUGCCAGAUUUAAACAGUACGAGUACCGUGCAAACUCCAGCCUUGUCCUUACGACAGACUCUCGUCCACGUGAUACCCAUGAGCCAACCGGCGAGCCCGAAUCUCUCUGGGGGAAAAUCGACCCUAAGCACUUUGGUGACCGGGCCUAUCGUGGUAAGCCUCCUGAGCUCGAGGAAAAACUUAAAAAGUCGAAGAAGAAGAAGGAAAGAGAGCCAGGAGUCGCCUCGGAGAAGCGGAGGGACAGUAAACGUAGACGCUUGCAGGAGGAGAGUGUUCUUUCCCUUGCGGAGGAAGGCAUGUACCAGCCCAAGACGAAGGAAACACGUGCGGCCUAUGAGGCCCUUCUGAGUGUGAUCCAACAGCAGUUUGGUGGGCAGCCCCAGGAUAUUCUUAGUGGUGCAGCAGAUGAGGUGCUUUCCGUUUUGAAGAAUGAUAAGCUUAAGAAUCCUGACAAAAGGAAGGAGAUAGAAAAACUCUUGAACACCAUUACAAACAAGGCCUUUGAUCAACUUGUCUCAAUUGCUCGUCUCAUCACAGACUAUCAGGAUGGGGGUGAGACAACGGCUUCGGCAGGUGCAGAUGGAAAGGACGAGGAUUUGGAUGACGUUGGCGUUGCAGUUGAGUUUGAGGAAGAGGAAGACGAAGAGGAAAGCGACUACGAUCAGGUAUAUUAAUUGCCUAGACAUUGAAUAUUUCAAGCAUAGGCUCAAUUGUUGACUAAAAGUGUUUUCGUUCAUCAGGUUCAGGAGGAGUCUGAGGAUGAGGAUGAAGGCCAGGAAUCCAAUGGUGCUGGGGCUAUGCAGAUGGGUGGAAUAGAUGACGAAGACAUGGAAGAAGCUAAUGAAGGCUUGGCCAUAAACGUUCAAGAUAUUGAUGCAUAUUGGCUUCAGAGGAGGAUUUCUCAAGCAUUUCAAGGGAUUGAUCCUGAGCAAAGCCAGAAACUUGCUGAGGAGGUGCUUAAAAUUAUCGCCGAAGGGGAGGACAAGGACGUGGAAAACCAGCUUGUGAUGUUGCUGGAUUUUGACAAAUUUGAUCUGAUUAAAUUGCUACUUAGGAAUAGGCUAAAGAUAGUGUGGUGUACCCGUCUGGCAAGAGCUGAGGACCAAGAUCAAAGGAAAAAAAUCGAGGAGGAAAUGAUCUCUCUGGGUCCAAGCCUGUCUGCAAUUGUGGAGCAGUUGCAUGCUACGAGAGCAUCUGCAAAGGAGCGUCAAAAAAACUUGGAGAAAGUUAUUAGAGAGGAGGCAAGAAGAUUGAAAGAUGAACAUGGUGGUGAUGACAGUGAGAGGGAUCGUAGGACUGUUGAUAGAGAGGUGGAAAGUGGGUGGUUAAAGGGGCAGCGCCAAUUGCUCGAUCUUGAAAGCAUUGCUUUCCACCAGGGUGGUCUUUUAAUGGCGAAUAAGAAAUGUGAGCUGCCUCCAGGUUCUUAUCGUACUCCUCAUAAGGGUUAUGAGGAGGUCCACGUGCCAGCUUUGAAGGCCAAACCAUUGGAAGAUAGUGAAAAGCCCAUAAAGAUAUCAGAGAUGCCUGACUGGGCACAGCCAGCAUUUGAAGGGAUGAAACAGCUGAACAGAGUUCAAAGUCGAGUCUAUGAAGUUGCACUGAAAAAGCCGGAUAAUAUUCUUCUAUGUGCACCGACUGGUGCUGGAAAAACAAAUGUUGCUAUGCUGGCUAUUCUUCAGACUAUUGCUCUUCAUAGGGUCGAGAAUCCGGAUGGAUCAUUUGACCACAGUGGGUACAAGAUUGUAUAUGUAGCACCAAUGAAAGCACUGGUUGCUGAGGUUGUUGGGAACUUGUCAAACCGACUGAAGUCUUACAAUCUUGUUGUGAGAGAACUUAGUGGAGACCAGACUCUAACCCGUCAACAGAUUGAAGAAACUCAAAUCAUUGUCACAACACCUGAGAAAUGGGAUAUCGUCACUAGAAAAUCAGGGGACAGAACUUAUACACAGUUGGUGAAGCUUCUGAUUAUUGAUGAGAUCCAUCUUCUUCAUGAUAAUAGAGGACCUGUCCUGGAAAGUAUUGUUGCGAGGACUGUCAGGCAGAUAGAGACAACAAAAGAGCAUAUCCGAUUAGUUGGUUUGUCAGCCACUCUCCCAAAUUAUGAAGAUGUGGCAUUGUUUCUCCGAGUUCAUAGCAAGAAAGGUGAUGAUGAUAAGAAAGAUAAGAAGGUGCAGGGACUCUUCUAUUUUGACAAUAGCUAUAGGCCCGUUCCUCUGGCCCAACAAUAUAUUGGGAUAACAGUUAAGAAGCCUUUACAGCGGUUCCAGUUAAUGAAUGAUAUAUGUUAUGAGAAGGUCAUGGAUGUGGCUGGGAAGCAUCAAGUUCUUAUUUUCGUGCACUCAAGGAAAGAAACAGCUAAAACUGCUCGUGCAAUACGUGACACAGCAAUAGCUAAGGACACCUUAAGUCGGUUUCUAAAGGAUGAUAGUGCCAGUCGUGAGAUCCUUCAGAGUCAGACAGACCUCGUUAAGAACACUGAUCUGAAGGACCUCUUGCCAUACGGAUUUGCAAUUCAUCAUGCAGGAAUGGCAAGGGUGGACCGAGAUCUUGUGGAAGCACUUUUUGCUGAAGGCCAUGCACAAGUGUUGGUAUCCACAGCCACUCUUGCAUGGGGGGUUAAUUUGCCGGCACAUACAGUGAUCAUCAAAGGCACUCAGAUUUAUAAUCCAGAGAAAGGAGCUUGGACAGAGCUCAGUCCCUUGGAUGUCAUGCAGAUGCUUGGUCGUGCAGGAAGACCUCAGUAUGAUUCUUAUGGAGAGGGAAUAAUACUGACUGGCCACAGUGAAUUACAGUAUUAUCUUUCUCUUAUGAAUCAGCAACUUCCUAUUGAAAGCCAGUUUGUGUCCAAGUUGGCUGAUCAGUUAAAUGCAGAGAUUGUUCUCGGAACUGUUCAGAAUGCAAGAGAGGCCUGCCAUUGGCUCGGGUACACUUACUUGUACAUUCGUAUGCUUCGAAAUCCAACACUCUAUGGUGUAGCAGCUGACGUUCUUGAGAAAGACCCAUACCUUGAGGAGCGACGGGCUGAUCUGGUAUGCUAUUAGACUUGUCCUAGAUUUUUGGUGCGCAUGUAGAAAUUAAGUAUAAAUGCAUGCUAUUAUGAUCAUCUGAGUUUUCGUUCUUGAAAUUGUUUGUAUAUCAUUUUGAUGAUGAGAAAUUCUCAUCUACCAGUCACAGAAUAAAAUGGUUUCAAAUGCUAUUAUAAAUGUUUGUUCUGUGUGUCUUUUAUAUUUUCUGAGGUUUCUCUUAUUCACUACUGAUGCAUGUUAUAUAUAUUGCCUUCUUGUCUGGCUUCAAAUGGUCGACUAGGUUUUGUGGUCGCUUUUAUUAUUUUACCAUUCAGAUUUUUAUUUUACCGAACACGUCUGUUUUUUUUUAAUACUUAUGUUCUUCUCAAUUUAUAGACGUAGAAUCCAUAUCUUUGGAGUUUUCAAUAAAUUCGAGUUUUUGUUUUAAUCAUUAUUAAGUGGGAAGGAGAAAUAACCCUACCUCUUAUUACUGCGAAGAUUUUUUUCCUGAGUUUUCUAGUUGCCUCUUUCGCAUUUGCAAACUAAUCUGAAGAAUUUUUUUACUACAGUGCGGAAAAGGAUAGUGUUUGGGGUUGUAACAGGAUUCAAGUUAAUAAUGAAUCCUGUUACAACCCUCCCUCCCUUCAUCCCUCGCUCACUUACUCGAACUAGUAAACGACCCUAUUCUUAAAAUGUUUCCUAUAGUUCUCAUGGAUGUCAGAAGCGAAUUAUUGAGCUUAAAUUCAGUAAACUAGUGAGGCCUUUGAGAAUGUUGCUUCCACGUUUUUACUAUAUUUAUUCACUUUCAGAUAUUCGAUCUAAUUCUAGUUGGGUAAGGUGGAUGUCCGUUCUUUCAUGGAGUUGCUUGUUUUUCUGAUGGGUGAAUGCUUGCUUUAUUAUUUUGUUCUUAUUCCUGUGGCAGAUGAGAGCGUUAUCUGUCUGCUUUUGAGCUAUUGUCUGUCAUGCAGAAGGCACAUUCAUCUUGAGCUUCUUAUAGAUGUGGGAAUUAGUUAGACAUGUAAAUAGAUUUUGUUUUUUUUUUUUUGCUAACGGAUGCAUCGAAAUGGAAAUUCCGGAAGCCGAAAUUUGGAAAAAAUUCGCACCUAUGAUAUAUGUGGUUUGUAAUCAUUUUGGAGUAAAAUAUAACACCAACAUGAAGCUUGAUCGUACUAUUGAGUGUGCUGUAUUCAUGUCUCCUAUUGUAUCAUUCAUAGGACCUCAUGUCUUCCCUCUGUGGCUUUUAGUAUGCGUUCAGUCCCUUGCCUGAAUACAUGUGCGUAUUUCUUUUCUCUUUCUUUUCUCGAGUUAGAAAUGCUAGUGAACUGCGAUUUAAAGAUUUGAGAGAGGGAUACAUUAGAUUCCUAGUCUAAACUUGUGAUUCAGACGUCAUCAUUACUUUGCUAUUUUCUCUAUUUUCUUAUUUGAUAGUCGUUAUCCCACUGUUCCUUUGAGCGAUUUCAUUAGGAAACAGUCUUCUUGGACUUGUCAUCUGAACAAUGUAUUGUCAGCUUUUAUGCAUGCCUGCGAUCGAGGUCCACCUAUUUCCAGAUCCCUCAUUGUAUCAGGAGUUUUAAUCUCUGUGCAGCCGAGAAAGAUCUGGAAUUGUAGACUUGAGAUUCUACUUGGUUGUCUACUUGUCUGUAUCUUCAUGUUCAUAAAAUAAUUUAGAAGAUCACAACAGUGACACCAGUUUAUUGCAGAUGCCUCUGUACUAGUGUGAUGUAAAUCUAACGCCGAUAUUUUUUUUCUUACAGAUUCACUCUGCUGCUUCUAUCUUAGACAAGAAUAAUUUGAUAAAGUAUGAUCGCAAAGGCGGUUACUUUCAGGUGACCGAUCUGGGUAGGAUUGCAAGUUUCUAUUACAUUACUCACGGAACAAUAUCUACAUACAACGAGCAUCUGAAACCGACAAUGGGAGAUAUCGAGCUCUGUCGACUGUUUUCACUCAGUGAAGAGUUCAAGUACGUGAUGGUAAGGCAAGAUGAGAAGAUGGAAAUGGCAAAGCUCUUGGAUCGUGUGCCUAUUCCCGUGAAAGAAAGUUUAGAAGAGCCUAGUGCGAAGAUCAAUGUUCUUCUGCAGGCAUACAUUUCAAAGCUGAAACUUGAAGGACUGUCGUUGACAUCUGAUAUGGUUUUCAUCACUCAGGUCCUCUUCUUUCUUCUUCCUUCCUCUUCCUUCCUCUCCCCCCAAAAAAGAAAAUAAAUAAAUAAAUCAGAGUCGUAGGCUCAUUUAUUUUCUUGUUUUCUUGCAGAGUGCGGGGCGUCUCUUGCGAGCGCUUUUUGAGAUUGUGCUGAAAAGGGGUUGGGCUCAGUUAGCUGAGAAGGCUUUGAAUCUAUGCAAGAUGGUCAAUAAGAGGAUGUGGACUGUCCAGACGCCGCUCCGCCAGUUCCAUGGAAUACCCAAUGAAAUCUUGAUGAAACUGGAGAAGAAGGAUUUGUCCUGGGAGAGAUAUUAUGACCUUUCUUCCCAGGAAAUUGGAGAGCUCAUCCGUUAUCCCAAGAUGGGAAGACAACUUCACAAGAACAUUCAUCAGUUACCGAAGCUCAACCUUGCCGCCCAUGUUCAGCCAAUCACCCGCACCAUCCUGAGCUUUGAGCUGACCAUCACGCCGGAUUUCCAGUGGGAUGAUAAGGUUCAUGGGUACGUCGAGCCAUUCUGGAUCAUUGUCGAAGACAACGAUGGCGAGUAUGUGCUUCAUCACGAGUAUUUUCUGUUGAAGAAGCAAUUCAUCGAGGAAGAUCACACCGUGAACUUCACCGUGCCGAUUUAUGAACCGCUGCCUCCUCAGUACUUCAUUUGUGUGAUAUCUGACAAGUGGCUGGGAUCGCAGACCGUUCUACCCGUGUGUUUCAGGCAUCUGAUACUACCGGAGAAGUACCCUCCUCCCACAGAACUCCUGGAUUUGCAACCUCUCCCAGUGACUGCGUUGAGAAAUCCAUCCUAUGAAUCCCUGUAUGAGAAGGACUUCAAGCAUUUUAACCCGAUACAGACGCAGGUCUUCACCGUCCUGUACAACUCAGACGACAACGUGCUGGUUGCUGCUCCGACUGGCAGUGGGAAGACGAUCUGCGCAGAAUUCGCCCUGAUGCGGAACCAUCAGAAGGGGCCCGAGAACAUGCGUGCGGUCUACAUUGCUCCCAUGGAUGCUCUCGCCAAGGAGAGGUACCAAGACUGGCAGCUGAAGUUCGGGCAGGGCCUCGAUCUGCGCGUGGUGGAGUUGACCGGAGAGACGGCGACCGACCUGAAACUACUGGACAAGAGUCAGAUCAUCAUCAGCACCCCCGAGAAGUGGGACGCCCUGUCCCGCCGGUGGAAGAAACUCAAGCUCAUCCAGCAGGUCAGCCUCUUCAUCGUCGACGAGCUCCAUCUGAUCGGCGGGCAGGUUGGCCCCAUCCUGGAGAUCAUCGUCUCGAGGAUGAGGCGCAUCUCGAGCCAGACCGGGCAGAUCCGCAUAGUGGCCCUCUCGGCCUCGCUCGCCAACGCCAAGGAUCUGGGCGACUGGAUCGGCGCCACCUCCCACGGGCUCUUCAAUUUCCCCCCCGGAGUGCGGCCUGUGCCGCUUGAGAUCCACAUCCAAGGGGUCGACAUAGCCAACUUCGAGGCCCGCAUGCAGGCGAUGACCAAGCCCACCUACACCGCCAUCGUCCAGCACGCCAAGAACGGCAAGCCCGCGCUGGUGUUCGUGCCCACGAGGAAGCACGCGAGGCUGACGGCGAUCGACCUGGUCACAUACUCCACCGUGGAGAGCCCCUCGAAGCCCCCCUUCCUCCACCGGCCCGAGGAGGAGCUGGAGCCUUUCCUGUCCGGGGUCAAGGAGCCGACGCUGAGCGCCACGCUCCGGCACGGCGUGGCCUAUCUGCACGAAGGGCUCAGCCAGAUGGACCAGGAGGUGGUGCUACAGCUGUUCCAGGCCGGGUGGAUCCAGGUGUGCGUGGCAAGCGGCUCGCUCUGCUGGGGGACGCCGCUAUCCGCCCACCUGGUCGUCGUCAUGGGCACCCAGUACUACGACGGCCACGAGAACGCCCACACCGACUACCCCAUCACCGACCUGCUGCAGAUGAUGGGGCGGGCCAGCCGCCCCCUGGUGGACUCCUCCGGCAAGUGCGUCAUCCUCUGCCACGCCCCUCGCAAGGAGUACUACAAGAAGUUCCUCUACGAGGCCUUCCCCGUGGAGAGCCACCUGCAUCACUACCUCCACGACCAUCUCAACGCCGAGAUCGUGGUGGAGGAGGUCCUCACCAAGCAGGACGCGGUGGACUACGUCACCUGGACCUUCAUGUACCGGAGGCUGACCAAGAACCCUAACUACUACAACCUCCAGGGGGUCAGCCACAGGCACCUCUCGGACCACCUCUCCGAGCUCAUAGAGAACACCCUGAGCGACCUGGAGGCCAGCAAGUGCGUCGCCAUCGAAGAAGACAUGUACCUCUCUGCGCGCAACCUCGGCAUGAUCGCGUCUUACUACUACAUCAGCUACACCACCAUCGAGCGCUUCAGCUCGUCGUUGACCCAGAAGACGAAGAUGAAAGGGCUCUUAGAGAUCCUGGCCUCGGCCUCGGAGUACGCCCACCUGCCGAUCCGCCCUGGGGAGGAGGAGUCCAUAAGGAGGCUGAUCAACCACCAGAGGUUCCCCUUCGAGAACACCAAGUUCACCGACCCUCACGUGAAGGCGAACGCCCUGCUGCAGGCCCACUUCUCCAGGCACACCGUGAUGGGAAACCUCGCCGCCGACCAGCAGGAGGUGCUCCACUCGGCGCACCGGCUGCUCCGCGCCAUGGUGGACGUGAUCUCCAGCAACGGCUGGCUCGGGCUCGCCAUCACGGCCAUGGAGCUGAGCCAGAUGGUGACGCAGGGCAUGUGGGACCGCGACCCCCUGCUCCUGCAGCUCCCCCACUUCACCAGGGAGCUGGCCAAGCGGUGCAAGGAGAACCCCAGCGGGAGGAGCGUGGAGAUGGUGUUCGAGCUGAUGGAGAUGGAGGACGCCGAGCGCCGCGAUCUGCUGCAGAUGUCUGAACCCGAGCUACGCGACAUAGCCCGCUUCUGCAACCGCUAUCCCAACAUCGACAUGACCUACGAGGUUGUCAGGGAGGACGACGUCGCCGCCGGCGGCGUGGUCACCCUGCAGGUGACCCUGGAGAGGGACCUCGAGGGCCGCGCCGAGGUGGGGCCGGUGUACGCGCCUCGCUUCCCCAACGCCAAGGAGGAGGGUUGGUGGCUUGUGGUGGGCGACGCCGCCAGCAAUCAGCUGCUCGCCAUCAAGCGGCUCGUUCUGCAGAGGAGGUCCAAGGUGGAGCUCAACUUCGACGCCCCUUCGGAGCCCGGGAAGAAGUCGUACAUGAUCUACUUCAUGUGCGACUCCUACCUCGGCUGCGACCAGGAGUACGAGUUCCAGGUGGACGUCAGGGAGGCCACCGCGGAGGGUGACAGGGACAUGGAGGAGUAAGCCAGCUCUUUUGGGCCAAUUCUUCCUCUCCUUCCUGUCUAUUCGUGGUUGCUAGCCAGAUAGAUAUCUUAUGCUUCCAGCUGGUUAAUCAUUCCUCAACAGACAGACAAACUGAGUGUGUUUCCAUAGCCAGUUCCAUGAGCUAGUUAACACCUUCCAAUCUCAACAUUCCCUUGCGUUUAUACGUCAGGAAGAACAACGAGUUGGCGAUUAUAGACUGUACGAUGGAGAGAGAGAGAGAGAGGACCCGGCUUUGGAUGGCUACCCGGGCGCUUCUGGAAUUCUGGGUUCUGCACGUUGUUAGCGUGAGGAGGGUCUCCUCUGCGUCUCUCCCACAUCCACACGCAUCUCGCAUCGCUGCCUCCCACUGCGCGCCGCACUCCCCCCCUCUUCUUCCCCGGUCGAACAAUAACAAAACGGAGCCCAUCAAAGCGGACACGACAAGAGAAAGAGGGAGGAAACUUCCUAGUCAACGUGUUAAACAAAAGCAAGAUCUAUAGUGGGAGGCAGAGGAGACGAGACGGGACGGGAUGACGGCCUCGAGUACAACUUUUUGGAACGUCGGAGUCAACGAGAUAAUGGCCCCGGCCCACUUGCAUGUCGCUUCUAGAGUCAACGGAGCAGUGUUGGCGGCGCGUGUCGACCGGUAGUUCGUCUUCGCUUGCCGGUGGCUCCUUCCCCCCCGAGAGCAUCGGGAUCAAGACCGGCCCCCAACCAAGAUACUCUACUCUCGGCCGCCGGCGAGCUCCGGUGACCGGAGACUACUCACCUCCCUCGCCGGAGACCCCGCCGGAAGAAAAGCCUGGGCUUUUCGAUUCCCCCGCCGACGGAGAGUCCUCCGGGGGUGGCGGAGAGAACCCGAUUUGCACGACUCACCUCAAUUACUGGCAACCCGGCACUGAGCAGACCCUCGCCGGACUCCCUGUCUCCCCCCGAGAUCGAGGAUCUUCCCCCUGAUGACCCCAUCUCUAAACGUUAGACGCCAUAUGUGAUGUCAUCAGAAGCCAGGAGCCCACGAAGCCCAUCACGUUGGGCCUGGGCCUGGCCCAAAAAUACCCCAGGGCUUUGAUUAUCUCACGAGUUUCCGGGGAGAUGUGCUCAUCUCGCGAUUUUGGGAGGAGGUCAAAACCCGGGGAAUCGGGUGACCGCAACGAGAGUCACGUGGAUUCGGACAAGAUCCAUUCAUAUGCGGACAAGAGGGACCGAUAUGGUCACCCCCCCUGCAGGCUUCUCUUCUGCCCCCAUCAUGAAGAUCUGCGGGACUGUGGCGGAUGAUGAUGAAGAAUCCGACGAAUAUUCUCCCCGAUCUGGGGUCUCGUCUUCUUCCGGUGCACCCUCGGAAUCUCCACGCCGGCGGAGAUGUCACGCCCCCCUCCCGCCGGCGAGGGGGGGACAGGGGACGACGGGUGAGGUGGUGAGGGCACCGGGAGAUAAACCGCGGCCGGAGGGACAGUGGAAACAGCGGCGCGGCGCUACCCUUUUUGUCCACACACCAGUUCUUCCUCCCCUGUUUCCUCCAAGAUUUUUUCGUACGGCGGUCCGCCGAUCGGGAUCUCUCCCCAUAUUCAAGCGGUACCAUCAUUCUCUCCCCUCUCUCUCUCUCUCUCUCUCUACGGUAUCUUUCUCUCUGCCAAACUGAGUUCUGCCCGAUAUCGACUGAUGCGGAAGAUCUACCCUCUGUGCACGAGCACUGUUCUUCAGAACGUGCAUGGCUCACGCAGGAAGAUCUUAGGAUCUUCCUCUCUCUCUCUCUCUCUCUCUCUCUCUCUCCACUGUGAACUAGUUGGUCCCGGUGCUUUCCUUAGAUGAUGGCUAUUCGCUAUUAGGAGUCGGCGCGCAUCCGCUCUCUAGAAGCUGUGUUAUUAAACGGAACAGAGUACGCAGGAAAGCUGAGAUCUUUUCUAACACAGGCCGUCUGUGGGCUAAUCCUCUCUCUCUCUCUACGUACAUCGACAGGUGAUGCAGACCGGAGCGGGAAUGAAUUGACAACCAUAAAAAUGUAUAUUUUAAAAUUAAGAUAGAAAAAAUAAUUAAAUUAGAGAUUUCGAGUAAUGGGUUCACCGCGGAAAAUUAGCAGUUAUUUUUCGAUAAAUAGAUCGUAGUAAUAUGGCCACGACAAAAUUAUAGGGCUUCAUCUCCUCGACUUAAACAGGAAAAUAUUAGUUUUUUGCGUUGACAAAAUUAGCAGUCUUUCUUGAUGAAUUACGGUAUGUUACGGGAAAUAAUAAAUUUUCGUCAGACCUUGCGAGACGUAGCCGUGGUCGAGCCACGAUGCCGAGGAACCACAGACAGAGAUAGAGAGAGAGAGAGAGAGAGAUGGCGAGUCCAGACGGGCAGAUGACGGUGAACAGAAUAUAUCGACAGUCGGAGAAAGGAAAUACAGAGGGAGAGAGAGAGAGAGGAGAGAGAAUGCAAGUACAGAAGGGCGAUAACCAGAAAGAAGCUACUGAGUAAGCACACAGGGAUAAGAAAGGGGUAAGGUAGAGAGAAUGUAAGCAACGUCUCUCAUCUUCUCUUCCAACCGCCGCGACGGUGGCAAAGACAAUGACAGUAAAAAUUACAGGGUAUUCAAACUGUCCAUCGGGGAGGAGAAGCCCGGGAGACGCUCGCCGGAGAGCGACAAUAGUGGUCGUAAAUGGAGAAGGCGGGUGGCUGCAAAGGGCUGCCGGCGGCGCCGGCGGAGGAGGCGUAUGUCCUAGGAUGAGGCGACGCAGCAGGGCUCCCAGAUGAAGAGGGGCCGGUGAUGUUCGCUGCACCUCCUGACCUGGUGCAGCAGGUCCCCCCUGUUCAUCUGCCCCUUGGAUGUGAAGUGGAGCUUCUCGGGGGAAGGGUGUCUCAGCGCCGACAGCGGACCCUUCCCGUUACGCCAGUAACGCUCGUCGGCGCUCAGGGACGACGACGCCGCGGCCGCCGCCGCCACCACGGCGGUGGCGGUGGUGGUGGUAGAGGCCGCCUCCUUCUCAGCUUCCUGCGCCGCCCUGCCGAGCUUCCCGACCCAGGGGUUCUCGUCGGUCAGCGGCACGCCCACGAACUUAUUGAUCACGACGGAGGAGAGCUGUACCUUGAGCCCUCCGCUCUGGGGUAACUGCGGCCUGCUCACCUUCACCUCCACCACUAUUCCCCUGUCCACCAGCUCCACUUCCUCGUCCUCUUCUUCUACCACAAUCUCCUCCUCAUCGGUCUCCUCCGGGGCUCUGGCUUCCACCUCCGCUUCGGCUUCGUUGUAGGCGUCUUCUUCCUCUCGGCAACGGAGCUGCUCCAGGGCGGCGGCGGGCUGCUGCCUGCCCGGGUAGAUGUCCUCGGUGGCGGUGUCGAUGAAGGUGAGAAGCAGGCGACCGUUGUGGCGCUGCGCGUGGAGGUAGUUCUGUGAUGGGACGGUGACGGCCUCGACCACGAGGCGGCCGUCGAGGCGGUGCCGCCUCAUGCUGAGGCACGGCCCGUCGCGACGGCAGAUGGAGGGCAGAGGAGGAGGGAAGAAACGAGCCGGUGACCUUCCGCUCGAGCAGUGGUAAUUCACCGGCGUCGGCUUCCUCCUACUCGGUGGCAACUCCACCGUCUCUUCUUCAUCGCCGAGUUCCGACUCCACGUCACCCGUUUCGUUUGACUUCUCUACGAAGUCGUCGUCCACAGAGUUGGUCCACGUAGAAAAAUAGUCGUCCAGAUCCUCGGAGGAGAUCAUCCCGUCGGAGCCCGUCUCCGACCCGAGGCUCUCGGUGCACAUCUCCAGGCUCCUCUGGCUGAGGGAGUUGGCCGAGAGCCUCACCAGGGGAUGCACAUAGGGCGCCGGCAGGCCGGCAGCGGCCUUCGCCGGUGUCUGGACGGAUGCCCAGAUGUCAAAUUCCCCGUCGUUCUUCUGUGCGGCCUUCUCGGGCGGAGACAACCAGCUCUCCGGGCCGGCGACCUCCACGGCCGCCGCACCGGCGGAGAAGGCUGCUGCACCGCCACAGUGGCGGCGACCUCCUAGCCCGUCUAGAGCGAAGGGAGAGGGCUUCUCGAAGGCGACGAACGACAUGUUCUGCGAGGUGAGGACGGCUAGCGGCCAACACAGUAGACCGUGAGGGAGAAGCGGGGAGAUGAAACCGCAGGGGAGGGUGCUCAGAAGCGGGUGUAAAAGGGUACGUAUGAAGACUGAAGGAGCAUGCAAGGCUUGUUGCGUGGUCUGCGGGAGCGAUUCUCUCUUCUGGCGGUGA